UGAUAAGAUCAGACUGCUGAAUGAGGUGGUGUGUUCUUCUUAAAAUAGGGAAAGUCGAGUAAGGACAACCCGCAAAGAUGUCGGGGGCUAUAGCAGAUGGUGAGGGGAAGGUCCUGACGGUCGAGGACCUCAUUGAGGUCAUGGAUAAGCGGAAAAGGACACCAAGUAAUGUCCCCAAGGUUGAUACCUUCCAUUUUAAUGGGGAACGAGUUUUUGAUUGGCUGGACUUGGAGGAGCAAACUUUGGUAGGGUUAUCGGAUGCGGUGAAGUUCCAGCGCAUUCUGAAGUAUGUACUUCAUGGCCACCACCAAGAGGUGGAGAAAGUUAUAAAUGCGGCCAAUGGUAGCUGGGCAAGGUUCAAAGACGGGAUGAAGAGAAAGUAUAGGCUAGGCGAUGGGCUGCUAACUACGGCAGAUUUGGAGGCCAUGAACAAAGACAACUUCAACACGGUGGGGGCGUUUGUGCAGAAGUUUAAGAAAAAGGCGAGAAAGCCAGAGAAGAGAAAGGAGGUCGUAGAGGUAGAGGAUGAUGACGAGGAGGAAGAAGAGGAUGAAAGGCUGCGCCAGGAAGAAGACCAGAGGGCGGAGCAAAGGGCUAGGAAGAGAGAAGCCCGGGAGGAAGCCGAACCGAUUCUGCGCGAUGUGCAGUCGAAGAAAAAGAAAUACGAGGUCCGACUGGAGGAAGGGUUCGGCGUAGAAAGGGUGAUUGAUAAAUUAUUGCAGGGUCAUAACGAUCUUAUGACCCUGCAGGAGAUUUUGGCGCCAGCCCCUAAGCUCCGUGAUGGACUGAAGGGGAGAUUAUCGCAGCGCUUGGUGCCAAGUGUCCAUCUGAGCAUGAUUCUGCCAAAGGAGGCGGAAUGGGCGGAAACGGGGACAAAGAUGAACUGGAAGUGUGUGGCCUGUGGCAUGGUGAAUUUGGUGGUAAAAGGCUCCAAGUGCGCAGCGAUGGUGGAUACGGGAGCGGAGAUGAAUAUUAUCCGCGAGGCUGACAAUACGGAAGGGAAGGAGAGACUGCUGCGAUUCGAGAGUCGAACGCUUUGUACGACUGAGAGAAAUUACUCUCAGUUCAAGAGGGAAAUUCUCGUUGUACUUCACUGCUUGCAAAUUUUUCGGAAUUAUAUUUUUGGCAGGAGAUUUAUAUUGAGAGUGGACCCGACUGCUCUGGCCUAUUCCUUGAGGAAUUAUGUUACGUCAGAUCCAACAGUUGCCAGCUGGCUAACGUACAUUUGGAUGUUUAACUUUGAGCUGGAACGGAUUCCUGAGAAUAAGAAUAGGGCGGACAGGCUGAGCCGUAUCAACUGGGAUAAGCAAGAGCGGGAGGCAGUAGAGGACACGCCCCCAGUUGAUAGCUUCCUAGAUCAGGAAGAGGACAUCCGCCUUCAUAUUAAUAAGUGGUCCCCGCGAGUACCUAACUGCGUUGGCCAUCCCAUCUGGCAUGCGCCAAAAGGGUAUGAGCAGAAUACAGACUUCGUGCUCAAACCUUUCGAAGAAGAAGACCCAUGGGGCGACAAAGAUGUCCAGUGGAUGAUGAAGUUGGCAUUGGCAGGCUCGCAUAGUCUGGUGGAGGAGAUGAAAACGAUAGAGGAAGGACCAGACCAAAUAGAGAAGCACGAGGAAUUGAUGGGAGGGAUGUAUCUCCUCGUCAAUACACUUCUGCAGGAAAACUUUGACCGGAUAGGCUUGCUGAAUCUGACUGGAGUGAAGAGGUGGUCUGACUUUGCGAAGACAACCAUGCCAAGGGGAGGGAGGGGAACACGGUGGCCACGGAGGCCAUUGGGAGCAUCAGGAGGGUAUGAGGAGCAUGGGUCUCACCAUCGGGAGGGCACACCCGUAUACGAUGACGGGGAUAUAGAGCUGUUUUUGGAUGAUUUUCGGGGGUAUGGGGAGCAUAUGGGUUGGACGAUAACUCAGACGAUCGAGAGGCUGAGGGGAGCUGGUAGGUUUGUUGAGUCCAUCGCGCGGAUUCGUAGGGAGGCGGGGACCUGGCCAGAGGUGGAGAUAAGGAUGCAGGAAUUACGACCAUCGCCUGUGGGGCCUGAUGGCAGACCGAUCCGCCUGGAGAUCAGGAAUGUGGAGGACUUUAUUCCCGCCUUUGAGCAGUUCAUGCACGACCAGGGCAUAUUGAGGGAUGAGUGGGCGAGGACCUUACCCCUAUGGACCAGAAAGGCAGAGAGACCCUUGGCCAGGCAGGUCAGAGACAUGGUUCGAGACUGGGAGAGUUGCAGGGCACAUUUGAGGGAGGCAUUUCGACGGCUAGAGCCACCUCAGCCUAGAGUUGAGAAACGCCAGAGAAGCAAGAGGCAGAGGGACCUUGAGCCCAGAGAGGCCAUGCCAUCCCGAGGGGGACGGAAGGCACUCGCAAGACGAGAGGAGGAGUUGGUGCCUGAGACUGAGGGGCGCGAAGCAUAUCCUGAGUGCGGGUUGGGGCCAGUGGUAUUUCAUCGCUUCACCGAAGGAGGAUUGGGAGGAUCUCCCCAGCACGCACGAGAGGAGGUGCCUCCAUCUGGAGAGCCACUGCAGGAGUUGGAGGCACAUUUGGAUGUCUCACAAUGGAGAAUGCCACCGAUGAGUGAGAGGCGUGACGAGCCGGCAGAGGAAGUACCACGAGAGGAGACCCAGGACCCUGAGCGAGAGAUGAGGCCAAGUACUGAGAGGGGACAUGCUAUAGGGGAGCACCCUGACCUGGAGGAGCCUGUACCUAUGGAGCCACACCAGGCAGAGAGACAGAUGGGAGCUGAGGUUCCGGGGAGAGCGGACCAUCGUACGAGGGAGAGAGUAUCAGCAAGGGAGACAGCCGAAGAGAAACGGGCCAGAGUUGGGAAGCGCUUGGAGGAAAUCUGCCAGGAAAGACAGAGGUUAGAGGAGGCAGUGGCACUCCCAGAUCAAACACCACCGCCUAAGCCAUGUGGAAUCAAGGAGAUGUGGGAUGAGUUCCUUGACCAGCAUGGCGAGGGAUUGACGACUCCAGAGAGGGCAGGAGUCGGGACCUCGAGGAUGGCGAAUGAGUACUUGGACCGAAAGAUCUGUUUCCUGGCCAAGACAUCCUUUGAUAGGUAUCUAAUGUUGGAAGCCGAUCUGACCGGGAAGAAGAUGAAGGAAGUAAGCCAUGGAGUACGUUUGGAGGCAGUUGAGGCURAGGUCCGAGAACUCAGGGCAUUGGUGGCUAGUCAAGAUGCCAUCAUCCAGGAUUUGAGGCGGCAGCCUCGAGAAGGGGCUGACAGGACUAACAGAGAAGAGUCUGCCGAGGUGAUGGACGGGGCAGGGAGUAGCCGACGUGGCGAUCGGACUGAGCCAAUGCAUGGUUCAUCAGGGCCGCCAUCCACAGUUGGACUCCCCCAGGAACCACCCAUGGGAAGAGUCAUCCUGGAGCCUGAGGAGGCAAAGGCCAAGAGGGAGGCAGAGAUAGAGAGGCCUUUGAGUUCAGAGCCCCUACUGAACUCGCCGCACUGCCCAUAGCAGUUGUGGAACCCAUGAUAGCGACUAUGCCAUUAUCAGU